AUGUGCGGGGAAAUGGGGAAGGCCGUUUUGAGAGCACUGACGGGUGCAUUACUCUGUGGUCUUGUGUCUGAUGCCGCUUAUUUACAAAAUUAUGAGACAUACCCUGUGCAAUAUGAGCAAGCUGUCUAUCGUAAGCCUUUGAGGGAGCACGAAAAGCCCCAAGACCUUCGAAAUGUACCUGGAGUUCCGGGUGUGGACUAUCCUAUUUACCACGAAGUGCCCGAAACCAGUUUCUCUUGCUCACAUGUUCCUGUACACCCUGGGAUGUAUGCAAACGUUGAAACGGGUUGCCAGGCCUACCACGUAUGCCAUGAUGGUCGUGAAGGACGUCAAGGUGCAGCUUUCUUGUGUACCAACGGCACACUAUUUGAUCAGGCAAAAUUUGCUUGCGACUGGUGGUACAACGUGGAUUGCUCUCAAGCAAUUGAACAUUACAAAUUAAACGCAGAUCCUUUGAAGAAUCCUUACGUGCCUAAGCCAAAACCGGAAGAUUUAGUACAGCAAGACGUUUCUUAUAAAAGAGUCCAUGAU